ACGGCGUGUUUUCUUGGAAGUGCAAAACGAACCCACAAAUCGAAUAUUUAUAAAAGGAUGCUUCUUCUAUCAACCAUCCAUCCACUGCUUGCAUUUGCCACGGUUUAGAUACCAAAGUCAAUCAAAAACAUUUCACCAUAUGAGCUAAUAUCAAGAAGAAGUAUUUCAGGUAUUCAAAAAGCAGAUGGAUUAAUGCUUGAACCAGAAGUAAUUAACUUGCCAAUCAACGUACAACAAGAUUUAGAAAAUCUUGAAGCUGAAUUUAAAGAAGGUGAUUUAACAGACAAAGGCUAUCAGAAAAGACGCUCCUCUUUGAUUGCUCCUUACCUGAUUCCAGGUGGUGGUGCGUCAUCGGCAGACGAGCGAGGAAAUUUGAUUGAGCCUGAACUAGAAGUUUUGCCACAGCAUGUCGUUGAACAAUUAGAAAUAUUGAAAGAGGAACUUGAAAAUGAGGAAAUUACAGAGAAAGGUUAUACCAAAAGGCGACUGAAGAUAUUAGGACCAUUUAUGCUAAAAGAACCAUCGGUUCACGAGUUACCGCCAUAUAUUCAGAGGUCUUACAAAGAGCUUGACGAAGAAUAUGAAGAUGGAGAUCUUACUGAAAAAGGAUAUAACAAGAAAAUUAAACAGCUCAUUAAACCUUUUUUAAUCCCUGAAUUUACAUUUAUUACAGUCCACCCAUCGUCUUACAGUACUUCACGCAAGAAGUCUCUGAUUGUAUAUGAUGGAGAUGAAGAAAGGUUAGAUAGAAAAGUUGUGGGUAUUCAGACUGUCAUGAAGGAUGGACAAAAACUCUUCAAAUGUGAAGUGUGUGGGGAAGUCUUUAAACAAGCGCAAAGCUUCAGUGGUCACUGCAGAUUGCACAGAGGAGAGAGAAUAAAACGAUUUAAAUGUUCCAUCUGUGGUUCAACAUACACUACAAAAAGUCACUUGAAGUUUCAUAUGUACAAACACAGCGGAAAUUACCCGUUCACAUGUUCGUUCUGUGGAAAGGGAUUUGCUGGAAGAAGUCAGCAUAAAUAUCACGUGCUAAGACAUACAGGCGAAACACCGUUUAAUUGCAAAGAUUGCGGAGCCAGAUUUUGGAAGCAAGAAAACCUCGACGCCCAUCAAAGAAAGCAAUGUAUAUCUAGAUCGGAUGACAUGCCGUUAACCGCAACAGAUGGUGCUACUACACCAGGAGAUGUUAUGGACGUUGAAGUGGAGGGUGUUCAAGAAGAACAGGAUGUGCCAUACGUAUGCACCAUCACGGAGCAUUGUAAUGAAGUGUUCGAGACUCAAAAAGAACUGGACAAACAUAUGCAUGUGGUUCAUGUAUUGCAACCAAUCGAAAUACAGUUGGAGGACGAAUCUCCAACGAUGACGUCAUCUGGAAACCGUAAUGCGUUGACAGAGAAUCCCUCGAUAGAAGGCAGUGCAGAAGGUCGGAUAGACGACUGUUCGAGCGGAAAUAUGCCGAAAAGAGACCGUAACAGUCCCAAUCCAAGCAAAUCUAGUGGUGACAAACAUCGAAAUGUCGUGACUCUGUCUGAUUGUGGCAUAGUGUCGAAGUCCGAAAUGGAAAUAAAUGGGUUAUCGGAAUAAAGUAUCCACGAAAAUUGACGAUAGGCACACUUUGCUUAUAUUACAAUCGGGAGAUCUUUUUCCACAAAACAUGCGUUCAGAUUAAUUAAAGCUCUUACAAAAUAAACAUUAAGUAAAUAGUUAGGGAUAAACGAGACAACAAUUUCCUUCGAUUUUAUGAGUUUAUACCAGUGAUGUAAUUUGUCUGAUGGACAUAUUCCUGAAAAAAAAGCAAAUUCUUUAUGGCUAAGAAGAAGAAUAUCUGAUGAACCGACUCUCGCCAUCAUGCUCAGCAUAUACUUAUUUUUUUCAGUAAAUUUGCAAAGAAUGACAAGUUGUAUGUGUGGCGAUAUAUUUCUACCAUAUAUAUUUUAUGUCAACAAACACGACACAAAAUUUACAAGUAUAAUCAUCUUAUAAAUAAAUAAGUUAGUUCUUUUUCUUACAA